GUUGACUUUUUAAAAAAUGAAAAGGUCAGAGCUAUCAAAUGAUUUUAAAAUAUAAAAAAAAAAUAUUUAAACAAUUAUUAUUGUUUUUUUUAGACUCGACAGAAUUAGAAGUGAAACGAUAUCUUCAAAAAUGAAAGAAAAAAGCUCAAAAUCAUUUCAAGAUAUUGUCAAAAUAAAAAAUGACCAAGAUAAUAUAAAAAUGAUAAAUGAAAAUUCAAAAGAAUCAAAUGUUAUUUGUCCAGCUGAUAAAAAACAAAUUGAAAAAAUGAUAAAUGACCUUGAAAUAUGUAAAUUGGCAAAAAAAAAUGCUGAAAUUCAAAUUGUUGAUCUAGAAACUAAAAAUGAAUUUCUACAAAAUCGCUAUGAAUUAUUAUGUAGCAAACAUGAAGACGAAAAAUGUAAAUUAAAAUCAAAAUUGUUAGAAACAACUGGACAGCUAAAUAAUUUACGUGUUCAAACAUCAAAUUGCCUUGAUACAUUAACACAACAAGUUGAAUCACAAAAAAAAGAAUAUCUAAAAUUAGCUGAAACAAUUAAUGAUCUUCUUUGUGAUAAAAUUCAGCUUGAAAAUUCAUUAAAAAUUAUGAAAAAUCAAGUUAAAAGAUCCCAAGAAAUUGCUGAUGUUAGUAAAUUAUUGCUGUUAAAUAACGAACAAUUAAAAUUAAUUGAUGAUAAAAAAAUUCAUCAAGAAUGUCAAACAGAUUCAUCAAUAAAUUAA